CUGGAAUGGAUCAAGUGACCAUUUGCAUCAAGUGACCAGCGAUCGAUAGUCGGAGACACUACCUGCACCCAUCACAACACACACGUGGACAUGCUUCCCUCUCUGCAUCACACAAAACGUCAAAUCCUGCCGAUGCUUCUGACGGUGUGCCGGGGUCCACACACGUUGGCCUAUCAGCAGAAAUAAUAGGCCGAUGCUCAAGCACACGAGGACGCACAGGCAGGCAGCCAAUCGACGCAACACACAAUAUCCACACGCGUAUCCACAGGGACGGCACCCUCAGAAAACGAGUGGCUCCCAAUGAACAUUCCAGCCCCAGCGCCCCCUCUGAUACAGCCAGUGCUACUGGCCCUUCCUCCUGCGCCGCCGCAGACACGCAGACACCGAACGAGCCAGGCACACCGACAGCCGCGCACGAAUCCACUGUUCGACCCGGCGAAGCGGCGAAUGAAGCGGUUGGGGUCAGAGAGGCCGGCCCGUGACCGCUGGAUGGCCUCUGCAGUGACCCUGCUCGCACGUCCUCCUUGAUGCUGAUCCGUUCCAUCUCCAGCUGCACUAUCUGGCGGUCUAUCGCGUCAAGAUCCUCUGGGCGGCUGGUCACCUGAACGUUCAGCACAACAUGACUCCAGCACAUGUGUGUGAGCGGGUACUGUGUGCGUACCUGCACUUUGAGCUUUGCGGCGGGCUCGUCACCAGGUCGAUGGCCUCGUCGGGCAAGAACCGAUCGCUGAUGUAUCGAUUAGCGAGAUUGCUGGCGGCAACCAGGGCAGAGUCGCGGAUUCGCACACCAUGAUGCAUCUCAUACCGCUCAUGCGUCCACGGCCGGUUCGUCCACAUAGACCGACUGAAAGCGUCGGCCCGAUGUACCGCAGCUACCAACACACAUACAGGCAUAGAGACAGACACACAGACAGACAGUCGUGCUGGAAUAUGUGAGAGUGAGCAAAUGGUUUUGUUGCACUGACCUUGAGUAUGUUGCGCAUCCAUGCCGCCCGACUCGCCGCCCCCGCCCGCCCCCUCGUCGAUGAACAUGACGACCUGCCCCUGGGCGUCACUCACCUCCUUCAACACGCCCUUGAGCCGUUUGUCAAACUCGCCACGGUACUUGGCACCUAGAAGUAUAUAUGCAUCGGUCAGAGAGUUUGUGUGUGUAAGUGUGUGUGUGUACCUGCGAUCGCGGAUGCCAUGUUGGGGGCGAUGAGUCGUCGGCCUUUUAGUGAGUCAGGGACGUCACCGAGGAGGAUCCGCUGCGCCAGGCCCUCAGCGAUGGCCGUCUUGCCCUCACCGGGGUCACCCAGCAGAAUCGGGUUGUUCUUGCUACAUGGACCCCACACGCACGUACAGAUUCUCUCGUGUCGCCCGCGGGAUCUCCUCGUCACGCCCGAUGACGGGGUCCAGCUUGCCCUCGCUCGCCAGCUCA